AUGGCUUCGGAAAAUGCUGACGAGACGACAAUAGGCAUUGCAGCUCUGGUAGCUGCCGUUGCCGCCCUUCUCUUCGCUGUCGUCCAGACCUUCGCUGCGCUGGCGCAAUAUGUUUCGGUCAGCAGUCGAUGUAGCAGGCGCGUAACGGGCGUCUUCGAUCUCACAGCGGGCUUCUGGUUCCAUCUAUCGUCACUGUCAUGGAACCCCCAAUACCGAAUGCCGGUCUUCACCUUGCCGGGGUUGCGCGGUGAGUCCGUGGUUACCAUGGAACGAUACCCCCUACAAACAGGAUUUAGACCCGGAAAGAACUACGAUAGAGGCCGAAAUGGAUACGUCGACUAUGGAGUUCUCAGGGUGGUAUCUGGAACCAAUGACUCGAAAGUCCAUAAAGAAAUCAGUAUUUUACCUACGGUGCUCCGCAGCAUCUUUGCCAUGGCAUGGACUCCGAUCGGCCUUGCUCUCUCCUCUCUCACCACCAUCUUCUGUUUCCCACCGGCUUGGGUAUGCAGUUGUGCGUGUACAGGCGCAGGCUGUUGCGGCUUGCGUGAUCAGGAGGAUGAUGAUGUCAAACACAGAAGAAAUCAAAAAACGUCCAGAGACAUUUGCCUAGACAUGCUCAAACCACUCACCUUUGCAUGGGAAUGGGCCAUCAGAUACAAGUCAGACACAACAGUUUCCAACCACGGGAGCUCGCCCGGGCUCGAAGCCGCCGCAUGGUCCCAGUUCCUUGUCAACUACCAGGCUGCUUGGUGGGGGUACGCCAACAUCCGCUGGGAGUGGCGACUGGCGACCAUGAUCCCCUCGGACAUCUACGGUGCGACCAUUGAGACGACUAUGGCCGAUGUAAGAUUGUUGGCAGCACUCGCAGGAAUGUCAUGCUCAAGCUCCCCAGGGGUGGUAGCAAGAACCAAAUGCGGGGAGAUGCUCACGCGAUCUCAGCACAUGACGCUCGGGACGGUGGUGUACUAUCGAUCAGGAAGGGAGAAUAUCGCGCCAAAGAUUACGAGGGGAGUUCCGGUCAGAAGUUCGAGGUGGCUACACUGCCAACUUGAGGUCCAGGCGCAUCUCAAAAAGUCCCGCUUGUUGUUGUCCAGUUCCGGGGAAGACAAGCAACACAGAAUUACUACUUUGCUGUCUCGGCCACGAACAGAAUAUGACGCCCAACUGGAUCUUUCCUUGGGUAACAACCUCGGCUUCAUCUUUGAAACCGAGACGUUCCGAGCUCUCUCCAGCGGUCUCCAUGCCACAGAUGAUUCAGGGUGGAAAACCGAAACGAUCCGCAUCUUCCUCGGCCCCCUGGGUCAAGGCUUGGCGUCUUGCUCUUGCCUAACCUGCUGUACUGACUGGGUGCUCUCGCACCCUGCCUACGACGUCGAGUCCACUGCUUCCGACGGUCACAUCACCACGCUGUUUAGCUAUCCCUGGGUGUACGAGUACGACACUGGUCCACCGCCAGCGCUGUCACUGCAGGCAGAGUUCAAAACAUACCGCCCUGUCGUAUCUGGAUUCCGGCCGGCUCAUGAGAUACUCACCUCGACUCACUGGAGCCGUAAGCCGGGAGCGAAGUUAAUUAAAGAGAGUAGGAUUGUUGGCCCUGUCGGGUGUUACACUACAGUGACGAAUGCUGCCCAGGGACGGGCUAAGAUUCGGGGGAAGUUGAAGCCAGAAUUGGAGAUCCAGGCGCGGAGGGUGUGUGUGGACUUUACGCUGUAUCCUGGCGCGUCGCCGAAAAGGAUGUGUACGGCUGAUGUCUGUAAAUGUAUGGGGGGGCCAGCGAGGAUUGCUAGGCCUGUGCGGGUGACGGGGACGGAGAAGCAUUCGUUUGAGGAGGCGAUGGCUGUUGCGGCGAUUAAUAAUGAUUUUCUUUCUAGGAUUGAUCAAGCGGUGCUGAGGAGGGCGGCGGAGGAGGUGGCGGGGUGGAUAUGUCAGGAGGACCAGCAGAGUCAGAAGUUGAGGAGGGAGGUGACGGUUUGCUUGGGGCGGGCGUGGGAGGAUGUGGUUGGACAGGGGGAGGUUAGUGAGGGGAGUUUGGAGCUGGUGAAGGUCGUGAUGGCGGCUACGGAGAUGAUGUUGAGAGUGGUGAGGAGGGGGAUUGGGAUGGAGGAUAUGUGGGCGGGGAGUGAGGAGGGAGGGCAGAUCUGGGAGGAUGAUUUUGGGGGUGUUGUUUUGGGUUCUUGA